AAAAAGUGUUCAGACUCUGAAACUGCGCCGUAACCAAGGGCCUUGGUUUCAAUGCGGAUCAUGCUCGAUCCCUUAUAAAAUUCACCUACCCCCUUCCCCGUCCCCAUCGCACAGCGCUCAAAAUGCCCGGCUCCGUAGUCCCAAUGGCUCCUGAAAUCAUUUGGUUUACCCCUUCUAAUGAGUAUCUCGCUGACCCAGAUAGGAUGCUUGGGAGCAUCAAUAAAACAACUGCCGCCUAUGGUAUGACUGCUGCAUACUAUGGUUUUCAUACCGAGGAGCAAAGAACAGGCGUAUGGGUUUUGGCCUGGCAGACUCUUGCGCACCACCAACAUUUUAUGGAAGAGGAGGUUUACGCCGAAGCCAUGCUACCCGUCAUGGAAGCCAUGGUCGGUGCAGGACAUAUGACACAAGCCCUUCUUCACCAUAGACACGACCUAAUGCGCGCCCUAUCCUCUCCCGUAACCCAAUUCAUAUAUAUCACCGUUCGCCCCAGGCACGAUAGAGGUUACGAGCUGGUUCCGCUUAUCGAGAAAGUAAGAAAAGAGCUCAAAUCAGUUCCUGGGUGUUUUGGUUCCAGUUGGGGACCAUCCGUAGAGAAAGACGAUGUCCAAGUCGGGGUGAUUGGUUGGCGGUGUAUACAAGAUUGUUCCAACGCCGUUAAAGGCCAACUAUCUUCAAACGUCAAGCUUAUACGCGAAUUGGGUCACGUCGAACUAAAAUGGGCCACUAUGAAUCGACACGAGCUAUGAGCCAGGUCGAAUUUUACUUCUCCUCAUCUUUCGGGUUUUAUUUUCGGGAAUUGGGUUCAGGUUCUCAUCUAUUGGCGUA